AUGGCGAAUCGGGUCGAUUCCGGAAAAGGGUUGGCGUCCAGAUCCGAUUCAAAGGUUUUGGGGGAGAAGCGAGUUGGUGUUGAAAUGGGAGAUGAAGAUGAAUUUGGGCCUAGGAAACGGAUUAAGAUUCGGGAUCUUGAGUCAGUGUGCCGGGCUGAAGGAAGUAGUAAGAAACAAUCUGGUGGUCAAUUUCAACUCCAUGAUGAAGAGAUGUCUGAAAUUACUGAGGUGCCUGUCGCCUCUGAUUUGGAUGCUUCUCGAGCUGGAAAAGGUGUGAGAAGCACAUUCCCAGUUGCGGUUGACCCUCUUCCUAAGGCAUUGGAUCUCAACAAUAAUGCGUGCCUUGCCAAGAAUAAGGUUCAGAAUGGCAGUCAGCAACUCACCAAGAGUUCAGAAGAGACCACAUCACUUAAGGAUCAAGUUACUGGGGUGUCUAAAACCUCUGGUUUGGAUGCUUCUGAAGUGGGAACAUCUGUCAGAACCACAAUUCCAGCUGUCGUUAACCCUAUUGCCAAGCCACUAGAUUGUAAUACUGAUGUGUGCAUCGGCAGCAGUACGGUUCAAAAUGGCAGUCAGCAAUUCUCUCAGAGUUUAGAAAAGACCAGAUUGCCUAGGGAUCAAGUUACUCAGGUGCCUAAAAUCUCUAAUUUGGAUACUUCUCGAGCGGAGACAUCUAUGAGUAACAGAAUUCCAGUUGUGGUCAGCCCUAUUCCCAGACCACUAGAUCUUAAUGCUGACUCAUCCUUCGCCAGCAGUACGGUUCAGAAUGGCAGUCAGAAAUGCUCUCAGAAUUUAGAAAAAUCCACAGUGCUUAGGGAUCAUGACAAAGAAUGCCAUACUAAUCCUGGGAGUGCAAAAGGAAAUGCGUUGGGUCUUAAUGCAAAAGGUGUUUCAAGCUCAGAAAACCAAGAUCCUUUUUAUCCUUAUAAAAAUCUCAAUCACUUGAAGUCAAGAGACGAAUCUGAAUGCGGGAGCUGCACUGGCCCAUUGGAAGAGAAAGAUCCAAUGACAGUGUGGAAGGAGAUGAAGGAAAAUGGUUUCCUCUCAUCUACUCAUGGAGGCAUAUCAAAACCAAAGCAACCGGUAGCAAUUCCAACGCCAAAGCAGCCAACGCCAAAGCAGCAACCUGGAGUCGUACCUAUUUCAAAGCAACAUGGAAACAUACCAACGUCAAAGCAGCAUGGAGGCAUACCAAUGCCAAAGCCACGCCCGAAGAAAAAUAAAACUGAAGAGCAGAAGAAAAAGGUGGAACGUGCAAAGAAAGAACAAGUGGAUAGGUUCGCGAAGAUUGCAGCUCCAAGUGGACUGCUGAAUGAACUGAACCCUGGGAUCAUCAACCAUGUUAGAAAUAGAAAGCAGGUCCAUUCUAUUAUAGAGGCUCUUGUAAGAUCUGAAAGACUUGAAAUUAGCCGUGCGGAAAAUAGACAGACAAUCCAUCAGCAGGGUGGAACUGUAGAAAACAGUCAGGACCUGGAAAAUGACAGAUGGUGUCCAAAUACCUUAUUUGAAGACAUGCAGGCACAAGGGUACACUAUACUGAUGAAUAAACCUUCAUUGGUUCAGAUGGACAACAUUAUAGAGGGUUACCCAACCUCAAAAGAGAGCUUUGGCGGAAAGUGUUUUGCAUCACACUCCUCCCAUGUAAGUGAGGAAGAGACGCUUGCAUUGAAAUUAUCUUCAUCAACUAUCGCACCUGAGGAGGAUAGUCCUUCAUCGUCUAAAGAGGAAAUGACAUCCUAUCUUUCUUUUAAAGCUGCUACUGUUGCUUCCCAGUGGUUGGAACUUAUUCAACAAGAUAUUCAAGGACGUCUUACAGCACUGCAACGCAGCAGGCAGAGAGUUCGAAAUGUAAUAAGUACAGAUUUGCCCUUAUUGCUAAAAAAAGAGUUCUCAUCUAAUAAGGAGAGUGACUCUUCUACCAUGAAAAGUUCUGUGGAUGCACUUUCCAGCUCUGCUCGUGCAGAGAUGCAUCGAGCAAGAUGGGGUCCACGGUUUGAUCAAAUGGAUAAAACACUUUCGGAAGAAGAGGAACAGCUUGAAAGCUGGUUGAACCAAGUAAGAGAAAUGCAAAUUCACUGUAACAAGGGUCUGCAACUUAUCAACUGGAGUUCUGGCGUUCAAGCAUUGGGUACAUCUGAAAAUGAUACUAGAUCAGAGAUGAUGGAUAGCUCUCAGAGGGAAGUAGCUGUUAGGGCUGCUGCAGCGUCGAUUUAUGCAACGUGCAACUUUAUUUUGUCGGCAAAUGCAUCGCCUGUUUGUUAGCUCCAAGCCCUUCAAUCUCCGUCUUAACCUUUCUGAGUAUCCAGGAGAUUACUGAUUAGCCCAAAGGCUUCGCUGAGUGUUUGAGUCUGUAUUGUUACGGACUCUGUAACAAUAGACAUGAGGGCUGGUCACAAGAUUGGCAGAGUCCAACUGUUAUGACUCCCUGCAUUGUUGAAUUAACUGAUGUUUAGGCUUAUUUGUUUUUGGUUUGAGUAGAACGGUUAGUUGUAAAGAAAUUCAGUUUGUUGUUACUAGUAAUUAGUAGUUCCAUUUGCUCUCUCUUUCUCAUUUGUAACAAGUGACAGCUUUGUUUAACAGCCGGUUGUAAGUCACCAAGUCUUGUAUGAGAAGUGAGGAUCUCAUUUGGCCCCCGUCUCUCCCCUCUACUUGCUUGGUCUAUAAUCUUGAAGUGUGAACUCCAUUGAGGGCAUACAGGUUCAAGCAAAUCCAGUCUAAGUUAAAGUACUCAAUCACGAGUUACUGUUCUU